CUAAAGCACAAAGGUGGAGGUGCAACCCGUGCCAAGGAGCACCUUGGUUGGAUUGUAGGUAACGUGAGGAGCUGCCCAAAUGUGCCAAGAAAUGUGAGAGAUGCAAUGAGGGAGUGCCGGGAUGAAUCGAAGAGGAAGAAAAGAGAGAAACAAAAUAGCAGGCUGAGAAUUGAAAGAAAUAUUAUGGAAGGGCUGUAUCAACAAGGAGGGGUGAUUAACAUAAUAGAUGAUGAUGAAGAAGAAAUUCAGAUGAAUAUUAGAGAGGCAUUGCGUGACCCGAAUGUCUCCCGCAGAGUUGAUAGGAGGAUUGGCAAGGGGAGUGUGGGUGACGUGCGAGUUGCUGUUGGCAAAAGGAGUAUCACCGCAUAUUUUGACAAGCAAUUAUGCAGCAACAAAGUAUCUAUGCAGCCCAAGAUCAGUAGUGCUUUGGAUCCUAAUUCGAGAGAUGCACUUGGCCUAGCUUGGUCCAAGUUUUUUCAUGCCAAUGAUAUUGCUGGACGUAAAGCUGACUGUCCAUACUUCCGAGCUGCUUUGAAGAUCACUCAACAAUUAGGGCCUACUCCUAUACCAACCGCGAAGGAGAUUGAUGGAAAAUAUUUGGAUGCAAACUAUGAUGAAGCAACUUCGUUUCUUCAGAAAUUCAAACAAGAUUGGAAAAACUUCGGUGUGACCCUUAUGUGUGACUCUUGGACUGGUCCAACAGGAAUGAGUCUCAUAAACUUCAUGGUGUGUUGCAAUACACGAAUGUUCUUCCUCAAUACUAUUGAUGCAUCCGGUCAGACUCAGAAUUCAGGUUACUUCCUCCUCUUCUUCGCGUUUUACAUUCUUCUUGAAUACUUAGAGUUGUCCUAG